GUACAUAGCUUUUUGAAGGUCUAUUUUAAGGCCCCCUACCCUUCCACAUUCCCAUCCCCAAAAACACACACAUACACACACUGACACAACCACUUCUCUCUCAAAAACUCUCAACAAUGGAAGAUCCUCUUCAAAGAUUCCAACUUCACUCUCAAUCUUCAUCCUCUUCAUCAGAUAUCAAAAACUGCAUCAAACAAAAAGCCUCCAAGAAAGUUAAAAUCGGAAACGACGACAAACACCCAACUUAUCGCGGCGUUCGAAUGCGACAAUGGGGAAAAUGGGUUUCCGAAAUAAGAGAACCAAAGAAGAAAUCCAGAAUUUGGUUAGGUACAUUUUCCACUUCAGAAAUGGCCGCUAGAGCUCACGACGUUGCCGCCAAAACGAUCAAAGGUCAUUCUGCUUACCUUAAUUUCCCUGAAUUGGCUCAUCGUCUCCCUCGUCCAGCUAGUUCUUCUCCUAAAGACAUUCGAGCCGCCGCUGCUAAAGCUGCCCUGUUUAAUGAUGAACAGAACCCCGGUGCGAAAUCUGAAAUGAAUCUUAAUUGCUGUGGCUCUUCUGCUGUUGCGGUCAAAUCCGGUGGGGAAAUCGAUGAUACUUUCUUUGAUUUACCUGAUCUGUUUAUUGAUGAUCCUAAUCAUCAAAUUGAUACAUUCUGUUUCUCCCAAUUUGUUCCGAUUGAUGGUUUUGACUCUGUUUUUACACGGCCGUCGUCGCCAUCGUCGUCGUCGGAUUAUUUCACUUACAGAGGUAGUCUUCUCUAGUUCCGCCGCCGCUAUCGCCUCCAUUGAAGAAGCCGGCAGCUUUUUAUUUUUGAUUUUGAUUGGUUUUCUUUUAAACCCGAAUACCCAAUCAGGAAAUUUUCCUUUUUUAACUUUUUGAAUUUCAUCCUCCAAUUUAUUAUUAUUAUUUUUUCAAAUGAUGGUAAUUUAAUUAUCAUUUCAUUUUUUUACUUUUAAUCUUAUUUUUCUCUAUUUAUAUUUUCUAAUUUUUUUCUUAAAUUGACUCCUUCGUUUCUAAAUAUUAAAAAAUAGUGUGAUUUUAAAACGAAAUUAUAAGCUUAGUUUUCAAAUUUAAAAAAUCAAAACACAAGUGAUUAACAAACGAGCUUAAAUUACUAUCAUUUUAAAAUUUUAAUAAUAAAACGAGGAUGAGAUUAAUAAAGGAAAAAAAUUGAAAUUUGUGUUGUACAUGUUUGUUCCUUUUCUUAUUUAUUUAUUUUUCCUUAUUCUCUUAGUGGCAUUGUGUGUAAUUAAGCUUCUUACAAUUUCCACAUUUGUAAAUUCGUAUGUAUUAUAGUAGAUUACAAUUUUUCCCCUA